CGUCCGCGCCCCGGGCGGGCGCGCAUCCUCCCCCGGUCCGGCUCGGAGCAGCGGGGCAGGCGCUGCUGCUGCCCGCCUCCCUCCCCCGGCCGGAUACACGCUGUCACACCCGGAGCACCACGAGAGGUACCUGCUGCAGGAAGGGACAGAACAAGAAAGCACCAUGUCUUCAGUCUCAGCUUAUUACAAUGGAAAGACUGUACUUAUCACAGGAGCUACAGGUUUCAUGGGCAAAGUACUGGUGGAAAAACUUCUGCGCUCCAGCCCUGAAGUGAAAGCAGUUUAUAUUCUUGUCAGGCCAAAGGCUGGACAGUCAAUGCAAGAAAGAGUGGCCAACAUGUUGAAAUGUAAGGUCUUUGACAGGGUCCGAGAAGAUUGCCCUAAUUUCCACGAGAAGAUUAAGCCUAUUAAUGCUGAGCUCACUCAGCCCAAGCUGGCCAUCAGUGCUGAAGAUGAGGAGGAGCUUCUGACCCGGGUCAAUGUUGUCUUCCACUGUGCAGCCACAGUUCGCUUUGACGAGCCCCUCAAACAUGCCCUGCAGCUGAACGUGAUGGGCACGCAGCGGCUCCUCGAGCUGGCCCGGCAGAUGCGGAACCUCGAGGCCUUCAUCCACAUCUCCACUGCCUAUGCAAACUGCAUCCGGAAAUGCAUUGAGGAGAUCAUCUACCCGCCCCCAGCCGAGCCCCAGAAGCUCUUCGAUUUAGUAGAGUGGUUGGAUGAAUCUAUAAUUCAAGACAUCACACCGAAGCUGCUUGGGGAGUGGCCCAACACUUAUACCUACACCAAAGCCUUGUCAGAGUACCUGAUUCAGCAAGAGAAAGGAAACUUGAACAUUGCUAUCAUCAGGCCAUCCAUCGUGGGAGCCAGCUGGCAUGAGCCUUUCCCAGGCUGGAUUGACAACUUCAAUGGGACCAGUGGAAUAUUUAUUGCGGCAGGCAAAGGGAUCCUGCGGACCGUCAUCGCCAACAACGAAGCGGUGGCAGACAUGAUUCCCGUCGACGUCGCCAUCAACCUGACUCUGGCAGCCGGGUGGUACACGGCCGUGCACAGACCAAAAAACCUGUUGGUGUACAACUGCACAACAGGGGGAAUCAACCCUUUCUUCUGGGGAGAAAUGGGGCAGUACGUCAUGUCCACGUUCAAAAGGAACCCCCUGGAGCAGGCCUUCCGAACACCCAAUGCUCACAUGACCUCCAGCUACUUGAUAAACCAGUACUGGAUCACUGUCAGCCACAAGGCACCUGCCAUCCUCUACGACCUGUACAUGAGGCUCACGGGGAGAAAGCCCAGAAUGAUGAAGAUUAUCAAUCGGCUGCACAAGUCUAUGACACUCCUGCAGUAUUUCUCCACCCAGUCCUGGAGCUGGUCUUCAGAUAAUAUGAAUAUGUUAAUGAGUCACCUUAACACAGAGGACAGAAAGUUAUACAACUUUGAUGUUCGCCAGCUGCACUGGUCAGAGUACAUCGAGAGCUACUGCAUAGGUGCUAAGAAGUACUUGCUAAACGAGGACAUGGCUGGAAUUCCAGCAGCGAAGCAGCAUCUACGCAAGCUGAGGAACAUCCGAUAUGCAUUCAACACCACCCUCCUCGUGAUCAUCUGGCGCAUCUUCAUCGCGAGGUCGCAGAUGGCUCGAAACAUCUGGUACUUUGUGGUGAGCCUCUGCUACAAGUUCCUGUCCUACUUCAGGGCAUCCAGCACCCUCAGACACUGAAGCCAUCCAUCAGCAACCAGCCUCUUCCAGAAGGACCUCCAUCUCCUCUAAUCAGCAACUGUGGGCAUUGGGGUCUGAAAGUAGCAGAAAAAUCCACUCCCUCCAACAGCAGCUGGCACUUAUUGUACACUGUUACAUGCUCACCUGUUUAAUUUUAACUAAUGCUUUAAUACAUGGUCUUUCUUCCAUAGGACCAGGCCAAUUUUUAAAGCCAUAACUGAAGCUUUAGGAACAAGUCAAGCUGGGACCCCUUAUCUAAAGUCUGAUGUGCAAGAGUAAGGAUUAACCAAAGUCAUUGUCUUCCCAUGUACUACUCCCUAGGCUAUCUUAAUCCCAUCUUCUUCCCCAAAAGAGGUAAAUUCAAAGCACGACCUUGAAAGACAAGGAUGCCACCAGAGAAGACCCAGCUGAGGAAAUUAACCUGUAAGAGGUCUUCCUAAGGCAGCUGUUUGUUCAUUCUCAUUCAGUGAAAUGGUACCUUACUGAAAAAAAACAAGAUUAUACCUUCUCAGUUUUUCAAAACUUAGGAGGGGGAAACAUCAGUCACAUGAGGCCAGUGAACACACAGAACAGUUUUCAGAUCUUGUCUUGUAUUGCUGCUGAGGACUGAUGCUUUCAAGCCAUACCUGAAGACACACAUAGAAUUUGUGCACCUGUAUUAACUCUGCUCACUCACAAUCUGCUUUCUUACAGAGAGGUCUUCUUUUCUCCCUGUGGUUAAGGUUUCAGUCUAUUAAAAAUUCCUGGUCUUGCAUUUAUCACAUUUGUUUGGGACAUUUUUGGGGUCUUGAAAAUUGUUGUAUUAACCCUGAGAAUGAAGAGAAGACUUCAUAAAAAUAGGAGUAAGAAUACAGAAACCUGUCAUUAUUUUUGAAGUAUGGGUCUUUUUUUCCCCUUGAGAAAAUCUCUUUCCCUGUAGCUCAAAACCAGCCUGAUACUGGGCUUUCAUUACAGCUAAAUCACUUUGCAGUUGAUAAUUUCCAGUGGCAAAGAAAGUGUAAAGACACACAUUGGAGGAAACAUCAUUAGGCCUGUUCUGCUGCCAUUCCUGUCAGGAGGCAUUAAAAAUUCUGAAACUUGUUUUUCUUGAGAAUAUGUUAAAUGUUGGAUUUAAUGAUCUUAGAGGUCUUUUCUGACCUAAGCAGCUCUGUGAUUCUUGGACAAGAAGAAUCUUUGACAAGAAGAUUCCUCAAGGACCUUCCCAAUGCUCAUGGCUGUUGGAGAUCCUUGUUUCUUGUAGUAAAUUGUAAAUUCCUGUGGGGGCAGAGAGAGAGCACCUUCUUGAAAGUAGCUGGUGCAACAACAGCAACAAACUUACUGCCUUGUCAGAUUUUCAGAGUCAGAUCUUACACCGAAAUAUUAUUUAUUCAGAUAACACUGAAUAAGCACUUUUAAGAUGAUCAGUCUUCAAUACAGCACCCAGUUUCUCUAAUCUUGUGUCAUGCCUGAAAAAGUAAUGCUAUACAAAAAAACACAACAAAGUGACACAGUUGCUCUUUUGUGAACUGAGAAGAGCAGAGAAUUUACAAAUCUGGCAUUCCUCAAAAAUUAUACUUGGUUUUGCUAGUGAAGGUAAGAGCAGAUUAUGUCAGUGUAUUUAUAUCUGAGCAUUUCAGGCUGGUUCAGAAAUCUUUCUAUAGCUUCAAGGCAUUAAUCUUGCCUCGUACACCCCAGAGGUCUGAUUCCAAGCAAUUGCCAAAGGGUGCCUGCAGCAGAACCUGACCAGAAAUGUGGUGUCCAGGGUGGCAGGGCUCUGGCAUUGCCUGCCACAGACCUCUGUGUUUGUCACACACUGCUUUUGAUCUGUGCUUAAAUAGGUCAAGCACCCAGUUUACAAAGAUAAAAAUUUUGAAGCUCUUGCCUUGGAAAUGUGCUUCUGCAGUGGAACUGGUUGUUGGGUGUGUGUUCUCCAGCUUCAGGACAUGCUGUGCAAGGUGUCACCACCUGGGAAACCUGGAGCUGUGCAUUCAGGGGCUGGGGACCAAUGUUCCCUGUCCAGCACUGCCACUUUUUGGGGAAGGUUGUGGCAUUGUACUUUGCUACCUUGGUGGGGCUGAGGCAGGUUGCUGGGGUUCGUCCAGGAAGAUUGCAUUCCCUCAGUUACGUCAUCUGGUCAUCAGGCAGCUUGCAGUCCUCAUAGGAAAGGCUAAAACACAAAGCAAACCAAAACUGUAGAUCAUUUUGAAACAAACUUCCACUCAAACAUCAGGAAAUAAUUUCAACACUUAUCCUGAAAGUCUUUUUAAGUGCCUGCCUUAUGGACAAAGAGAAGCAACACUAAAGGGGAUCAUAAGUCUUGAGCUGUGCACGUGAUAGAAAAAAGCUUGGGUCUCAGAAAAGUUAAAGCUGCUACAACAUCAGUCAGCUCUCCUGAGAGCAAAGUGCCCCACCUUUUCUUCCCCUUCCCUAUUCUUGCCAGGAAUUCCUCACAAUAUGCCUGUAGGCAUUCACAGUUGUGUGCACAGGCUGUAUUUUCCCAAGUCUGAGGUGUAUUUUUUGCUCCUCUGAGCAUAUCCAGACCUGGUUUUCUGAAUGCAGAAAAAGGUGCUGCACUCAGAAUAGUGGUGGUGUGACAUUUUAAGGCUCUUCAGUGUUUUGCUGAAGGAAACAGUCACAGAAAAGCUACUUAGCCCCGAAAAAACAGCAGGAGUUGUUUGGGUUGGAAAACCAGAGCUGUUGCAGAUGGUGUCUGCUCUUCUGAAGACCUUUCAUAGCUCACACAGCAUUGCCAGCAGCUGGCUCCAGAGCUCUGGCCUUGCCUGGGGAGGAUCAAGCUGUUAGUUUGUUUUAACACACACGUAACAUGAAGGGCAACUUGAAUCUUUAAUCCAUUUUCUUGUGGCCUGAGAUGUUUCCAGCUGAUUGUCUGAAGCACAGACAUGUUUCAGAAAGCCUCAGUGCAGGGGCUGAUGUGUUGCAGUGGCCCUUGAGUGCCAGUUGUGACUGUCAUCAUGGGGAGCUGGGCAUAAGAACUUGUUUUCACCUCAAGCAGUGGCUGAUGUUCAAUGGUUUACUUUGUGCUCCUCAGUGGAUUUCUUUGUGCUCUGAAGAAACCUAAGCCUUGGGGAAGAUACCUGAAAGAAAAUACUGAAUAUCAUUUCACCAUCAGCAAUGGGCAGAACCUUGCAAUUAACAAGUAUCUUUUUAAAAUUAAAUAGCGAUAACAAAACAAACAAACAAACCCCUACAGUUAAUCUGUGUUUUAACUCCCUUUUGAACAACAACCAAAGCUGUUUAUCUUUAGCAUGCCUGUUACUAAAAAAAAUUAAUUUCUUACCCCUCCACCCUCCUCUGUUCCAUGCUAAGAAACAAUUUUUCCACAGUAGGGAGGGAGCGGUAACAGAACCACUGAUAAAUCACAGAUUGUUGGCCCAUUACCCACCUCCUGCAGAAAUGUGUUCUUUUACAUUUUCUAAGGAAACAUCAGUACAUCUGCCUGUGUGUACAGCUGCAUCUUCCAGCACCAGACAACAUGGUAAAAGCAGUGGAGCUCAUCCUGAAAUGCCAGGCUGUGCUUGUUUGGAGUGCCCUUUUCCACUUCAGUUUACCACAAAGCAACUAAAACAUACCCUCGUUUCCAGUGUAAAGGGAACCUAACCUGUAGCUGUUAAUCGAGUCAUUAUCAUGAAUAAACAACUGGGAAAAGAGGGAGGGGGGCAUCCUUUUGUUUGUAAAUAAGCUACAGCUUCAUGGUUGAAAGCAUGCUGUUGCUCUUCCAGCAUUGACGUUCUACUGCUGAAAGCAAGGAUGAACUUUCAGUACAACUUUAGUACAAUUGGACCCCUUAUUCUAGCACAGAGCAAAUAACAUUCUCCAGAAGGUAAGUGGUGAACACUUCACUACAUGGUGCUAAAUAUUGGUGUGAAGGUGGUACAGAUUUACUUAGAGAGAAUUAAAAAUCCAGAAAAUAAAGCGUAUUUGGGGAGUAAUUAAAGAUGUACUAUCCCCUUUUCUCUAUUGCUUAAAAGCCAACUAUGAAUUGUUUUUUCAGAUGAACAUGAAGCCACUUACAAAAGGUUUCUUGUCCUUACAUGAUCUUGGCAGACCCCAGUUUAUAGUAAAAUAUGUACUCUCCCACUGUCCAGAGUUUCUACGGUUCUAUCUGCUAUUUCUAUCCUCUUGUUAGCUGCAAGACAACUUCCUGUUAUAAAUCUUAAUUACAGAGUUUCUAAUCUUAAGGCGUAACCUUUUGAGCUCUCAAAUCAGAUAAAAUGGUCAAACCACAAAUUGCGUGAAUCUCAGCCAUAAAAUUGUUAAUAUGAUGUUUAUGUUAUUUGAAACAUUUAAUAAAACAAAAUAUUUUAAAGCUA